AUGUCGCUGCCGAUCAAGCGAUCCUUUAGUUCUGAAGGCGGUGCUUCGUCUAAAAGAGACUGGAAGAUGAGGCUCAGCCUUCGGAGUCGCAGCGGACACAGCGUGGAGGCGCUCCGCGGACGUCGCUGUGCCUCGUUACGUUCGGCUGCGACACCGGCGCGCACGGACGACUCGGGUCGUAGCACUCCUUCCGCUGCUCACCGCGCCUCUCCAUCACCAGCCGACACACCAGCGCCAAAGAAGUCGAACUGGGAAGUCAUUGAGCACUUCUCCUCCAAUCGGAACAAGAAGAGUCCAACUGCUGUAAGUACUAUUUUUAUUUUUGUAUACAUAAUUAGAAGAAACUGGGAUAUCGUUUCCAGUACAAUAAAUUUAAAAAUCCAUAACAAGAAAAAUAUAUAUUUUAUUGUGUUUACACCUUGUCUUGCAGAACAGAAAUAA